CAGUUUUUGAAAUGUGACAUUGACAGCUGUCAUUUAAAUUUUCAUAAUUACGUAUUUGACUCAUGGAUAUUUUUUCAUAUAUAUGUUUAAUAGUUAUAUUAACUUGUUCUGUUAUAAUAUGGAUAGUACCAUUAUUAUUAUCAUGGAUUUUUGCAAUCAAAUACCAAAUAAAGUUAACUAUUGGAAUGAUAUCAUUACCGUACUUGAAAUUAAAAGACGUUCGCGUUACAAAUAAAGGCGUAUCAUUGGAUAUUGAUGAAAUCGGCAUAAGUAGUAGUCUUUUUAAUUCUGAUGUGACCAAAUUAUUAGCAUUAAUUUUUAAAGAUGUUCGAAUUAAUCGUUUGGUACCAUUAUCGCGUAGAAAUGAAGAAAUUGUUCAACGUAAGGAGUUCAGUUUGGAACAGAUUAGAAUACCAAAUAUUUUAUCAUCGGUUCUUCAAUUCACGUUAUUGCAACUUGUAAAUAUUUCAAUUGUAUGGGCUGAUUCGAAUGGAUGGUUAAUUCAUACCACUUCUACUGAUUUCAAAUUAGAGGGGCAUUCAACACCGACAUCUCGAGAAACAGUAUUAAGUAUAACUACAUCACAAACGAAAACAAGAAUACGCCGACGUUCAUCGGAAAAUAUUGAUUAUGCUGAAUUCAAUUUUUCAAUAACCGCAACAACAACAAUACCAAAUUUUUGUAAUUUUGUGCUAUCCAUCGAAGAUACUGAAAUAAUAACAAAUUUUUCUGAGGAUAGUGUAAUAACAUCAUCAUUUAAAAGUUGUAAAAUAAAUGCUCGUCGAAUACAAGAAACAACACUUUCUUUUUAUUUGGCAUUUAAGUUAGACGACAUGAAAAUCAUGUCCACUGACACCAAAUUAUUUUUUCUAAAAAAUAUUUCACUAGAUGCAAAAAAAAAAGAAAAAUCGUUUAAAUCCAACAACGAUAAUAUAUUAAAUAAAUGGAAUAUCGAAUGUUGUUUAGAAUUAUGGUCAAUAUCCGGUAGAGUUGAUAAUAAUUCAAUGAUGUCAUGUGGACAUUCCAAAAUUGUUGUACAACGUUCAAUUGAACAAUGGAAUGCUGAAUUAUUAUUGGAAUCAUUAGGAUGGACAUUAGUUGGAUUAUCAUCAUUAAAUCGAAAAAAUCAUGUUAUUGGUACACCAUUAUAUUUAGCAGUUGCAUUGAUAAAAAUAUGUCAUUUAAAAAAUAAUGCUAAAAUUGAUGCUAUGCUGGAUGUUUUACGAAUUGAAUGGAACGAUCAUUUAGUUGAAAUGUUACAAAAAUAUCAAACGAAUCAAGUAAAACAAUUAACAGCAUCAAAUGAUGAAAGCCAAUAUAUGCAUUUAUUUGCAGCUAAUGUUGCUGUUCGAUUGGAUUCUCUCUUAUUGGAGGGUAAUGAAUUCAAAUUUAAAAUGCAAAUGGUAGGAUUUAAAAUGGUAGAUAUGAAUUUAGACAUAUCUGAAUUUUUAUGCUGUCGUUCUAAGGAUAUGUCACAGGAAUGUUUAGGCUUCAUUAAAUCCCAAGUUGACAUUCAAAUUCACGAGAGAAGAAUAAACGAAUGGAAUUUAAAUGUUUUUAAUAAUAUGGAGAUACAUUGGAGUCAUGAAUUACACAUGAAAUUAUUAACGAUAUUUCGUAGUUUUAAACAUUCGAGAAAGCCUAGUUCUGAUGUUAAUCAAUCGAAAAUAAUCAAGUGGACUGCUCAAUUUGGUAAAUUAAAUGUUUUUGCUAUACUUGGGAAACAUACAUUACAAAUCGAUAUAACGCAUGCAUUGAUUGGAGGAUCAAAAUUGGAACUUGAUUUUGCAUUAACAAAAAUUAUUAUUGAUAAUGUUUUAAUGGGUGUUGGCACUGCUUUAAAAUUAUCACAAAGUGAUUGCCAUCCUGAAUUGAGAGAAGAGCGUGAAGAAGCCGAAGAUUUGGAAACUUUAAACAACAAUGCAUGGAUAUUUAAUUUAGAGUUAUUGGAAAUUAGAUUUCCUUAUGUACAUCAAUUUUAUGAUGCGAUUCAAAACGAAUUAAUAACUACUGUCAAAUGGUUAAAAAUUGUUCACGAUAAAAAAAAAGUACCAUUUACAGCAGAUUCACCGUUACCGAGGGAUUUAUUAAUUAAGAUUAACAAAUGCUUAUUCGAAAUGAGUGAUGAUCCAUUUGAAGUUAAAUUACGUGAUAAUUACGAGCUAUUGGUUGAUGAAUAUAAAGAAAGUUUAAAAAGGCAACAAAUGUUAGAUAAGAAAAUAACAGAAUUACGUUCAACUCAUUUACUUUUACCAGCAGGAAAGGUCGAUGACUUGUAUGCAAAUCUUCGAAAAAAGAAUGCUGAAAUAUAUAUUCAACGAUCAAAACAAAUAACAGGCACAAAUCCGCAACGUACUCGAUUACUAGCAUGGGAACUUCAAGGUUUAUCAAUUAUUGCUUUAGCAGAUAAAUCAUAUCAUGGCAAAGAUUUAGUAUUGGAAACUAUGCAAAAGUUGGAUCCGAAUAGUCCAUUUCCAGCAGAAGGUUUAGUUUGUUCGACAUUAUGGUGUCGUGUUAUUUCGGUUUAUUUAAAUCAAAGUGCGGUUAGCUUGCGUGAUUUUCCACAAAAGUUCUUAGAAUGUCGUGGAUUGCAUUUAUGGGGUUGUUUGGUUGGAGCAGAAGCAGCACCCACGGCACGAUCUAUACGUCAUGUUGUAGUACAAUUACCAAAACCUUGGGGUUCAAUGACAGUAGAACGAAGUAUGACACAAUUGAAAUUUUAUCAUGAUUUAAACUUAAAAAUGGAACAUUACAGCUAUGCAUUUGGACCAUGUUGGGAGCCAGUUUUAGCGCAGUGUAAUUUAAGUUUGGAACAAAUUUUCGCACCAUCAAGAGAUCCAUCAGCACCACUACCAUUUUGGGAUAAAUGUCGUUUACUUUUCCAUGGCCGUCUAACGAUGGUGGUACAAUAUAUGACAGUAUUAUUACAUGCAUCUUUAGAUCCAUAUAAUACUACAGAAGAAAUGCAAAUAACAUGGAAUGAAUUAGCUUUAGAUUGGGUCGAUGGAAAAAUAAAAAUGAAUGGUGAUUUAGAUGUGUAUGUUAGAACAGCAUCAAAAUACGAUGAUUGUCGAUUGUUACACCUUCCAAAUGUAAAAUUGACACUAAAAUUAGACUGGGUGUGUCUUGCUGAUCCAAAUGAUCAUCAUGCAGUUAUACCAUGUGCACCCGAUAAAUUACCUGAAUAUUCUAGCAAUCAAGUACAUGAUUCAUAUCGGGCAUUUCGUUCACAAAACGUUGACAUGAAUAUGCAUUUAGAAGCUAAAGGAAAAACUACGGAUAUAUCACUAUUAUUAUUGUAUGGUAGUACGUUACGAUGGUUUGAAAAUUUAAAAUUUAUUUUAUCUGGAGUUACACGACCAACACGGCGUGGUGUUAUCUUUGGUACGACAAAACCACGACGAAAACCACUAUCUAGACAUUACCGGCGUGUUGGUAUUUUAUUAUCGUUACAUCGAUUUCAAGUUAGUUAUUGGAUGUCGUUUACAAUGCAAAAUGGAUGUGAAAUUAUUGGUAAUCGAGUUGUUUGUAGUGCUGAGCAUAAUUUAACAUUGACACCUUUUAAUGAUAAUCUUAAGCGACGUGCCAGAGCUAUGUGGUCAAUUACUUAUAUGAAUUGUGAGGUAACCGAAACUCAGAUUUGGUUGAAGAGUGCGCUGCAAUCGGAGGAUUACCAAGAAGAACUCCCACCGUCUGUAGAAAAAUAUUAUUGUUUGUCUGUUGGUAGAGUAUCUUAUGGACGUGAAACUCCAUACGCUGAUAGUAAAGAUACGCCAACUCAUCGUUUAGUUGUACAUGAUUUAAAAGGAGCAUGGACUAAAAACAAUCGUGAUAUAGCAUUUGCAUUAUUUGAUGCGUAUAUUAAAUCACAACAAUUACGUAAAAAUUUAUCAGCGGAUGCUCUAAAAGUGGCAACUCAUCAACGCAAUGAAAAAUUAGAAGAUACUACUAUUGAUAAUAUGGAAUCGAUGAGUUCGUCGGAUGGCACAACUGGUCAUCAACAAUCACCAGCAUCUAUGUUACAACAAUUAAUUGCUGAAGCAGAUCAUAAAGCCGUCGUAUUUAGUGAUGAUCAAAGCCCUUCUGGUCGUCAAACACGUCUUCAAGGCUACCAAGCUUGUCAACUCGACGAUGUUUUACAUAAGAAUUGGUUAAUAGCACUUGUUAAUUCUCAAGUCGUACUUCGAGGCUGCUCUACAAAAGGUUAUGUUAUUUUAAGCGCAGCAAAAGCUGAAAUUUUACAACGAAUUCAUGAACCAGAAUCUAAAAAAACUUGGGUUGGAUCAUUAGAGUGUUUGCAAUAUUUUGCAACAGUUGGAGCUGAUGAUGAGGAUAUUAUGUGGUUACCUGUAGAAUAUAUUCAAGAAAGAUGUGGCCCUGGAGCAGGUCCAGCUGCAGUUGUUGGUAGUGGUCGAGCUGCAGGUGGGGUUGUAAGUGAAGUUGUUGGCGCAUCUGGACGACAAAUACAAAGAAUUGUAUCAAGAUGCCGAUGUGAAUUCUUUUAUGUUAGUUAUGGUUCUUUAGAGCCUACGGGUCCAUCAUCAGAUGCAUUUACAUUAAUGCAUCACGAUUUGGAUGUUUGCACAAAUUCCCUGCAAUAUGCUAUGCUAUUGGACAUAGUCAAUAGUUUACUCUUAUGGACAGAGCCAAAUAGAAAAGAAGCUGCUGCUCGUUUAGCACGUUUAAGAUUUCAAUUACAACUUCGCAGUGAUCGAUCAAUUCGUGUACCAGUACAAAAAUUGCAAACGCAAGUAAGAGGUUUAUUGGGUGCUCUUAGGCAGUUAGAACGUGAUGCAUACUUAGCGGGAUCAUCACCAGGUGUAGCAACACGUUUAAGCGAACAAUUAACCGAAUUAAAAACUGAAUUAAGUGCACGAUCUGAGGAAUUAGAUAUGCUUUUAGCUAUUCAUCGUGGUAGUGCACCACAUACGACCGUAAGGGCACAUGAAAUAUACUUUAAACAUGCCCAAUGGCGUUUAACUGAAGCUGAUGGGCAAUUGGGUAUAGCUGAUUUAGUAUUAAGUAAUUUUUUGUAUACGAAAAAUGCCACUGGAGAUGAUUCUGUGGAACAUUUAUUGGAGUUGGGAUAUAUACACAUGACUAAUCUUUUACCUAAUCAAGUUUAUACCGAAGUAUUGUCACCAACAGAAAUUCAACGAGACAUGCCUGUUGAUCACAAGCAUGUACUUAGAAUAUUUUGUCGAGAACGUCCACCUGUAGGAGGAAUAUCGGUCAAAGAACACUUCGAAAUUAACGUUGUACCGAUAACAAUUGGUCUAACGAAGAAAUUUUAUAACACAUUAUUGAAGUUUUGUUUUCCUGAACGUGACGAUCCAGAUUCAAUGCAAUCAAAGGUAUCCAAAGAUACCAGUUUUUAUGUUCGUAUUGAUCAGAAAGAUGAUGUGGAAAAAAUGAAAGAACGUGCUGAGAAGAAUAAACUAUUUAUCUACAUAAAAAUACCAGAAGUACCCGUUCGCGUUAGCUAUAAAGGGAAUAAAGAGAAAAAUAUUGAAGAUGUACGUGAUUUUUCAUUAGUAAUACCGACAUUAGAAUAUCAUAAUGUGACAUGGACAUGGCUAGAUUUAUUACUUGCUAUGAAAUCAGAUACACGCAAAGUGAUUUUAUCACAAGCGAUAAAACAAAAGUUACAGAUACAUAGAAGUCGUGGUAAUUCCGUAGACAAUAAUGCACCAUUAGAAGAAGAUAAAGCACGAAUGUUGUUAGGAAAACUUUCCUUGCAGAAAUAA